CACUACGUCAAGGAGGGGAUUGGCGGAAGCGUGUUGCGUUUAGAUCGUUCGAAACAUGGCGGCUAGAGAUCUGAUAAGGUCGUUGAAUUCACUGGCAGAUGAAGUGUAUCGUGAACAGAGAAAUAGUGCUGUUUCAGAAGGGUUUUACGUGUAUGUAGGUGACAGAACUAAAUCAAUAUUGGAGCGUCUUGCAGAAUUAUCGGCCUUAACAGGCCUCGACACUCGUUUCGCUGCUGAACCCUUGAAAGUGGUGGAAGAGCGAUUAUCUUCGUCUCUGCCAAGGGGAGUGGGACGACCGGCCUUGGAGAUCCCAGACGAGGCCAUAGAGGGGUAUCUUAUGUAUGGUCUUAAAGUUAAAGACAUCGCUGCCUUGUAUGGAGUUAGUCGCUGGACGGUACGUAGACGAAUGCAACAGUGUGGACUAAGAGUAUCUGAGUUGUACUCUGACAUUAACGAUACAGACCUGGAUCGUUUGGUGUUGGAAAUUCAAAGGGAACACCCACAGUGUGGAUACCGUAUGAUGAGAGCUUUUCUCCAAGCAAGUGGGCAUUUGAUUCAGUUUGUUAGGGUUCGUGAGUCACUACAAAGAGUGGAUCCCGAGGGAUCUCAACUCCGAGCCCUGGCUAACCGGACGCUUCAUCGCAGACAGUAUUCCGUUCCUGCUCCGAACUGCAUGUGGCAUAUUGACGGAAAUCAUAAAUUAAUACGGUAAUUUGAUUAAAAAAAAA